GCGACACAAGGGCUCGUGCGCUGGGGCUGAAAUCCUUCCAGUCUGCUCAACACAGCGACGUCUCCGCUCGCGGUUUCCCCUGGAUUUUAAGUCUUAUUACCACCUCAUAUCAUCACCGUGGGCUACCGGCAGACACAUUAAAAAGGAUGCAACAGGUUGGACUCAGUCCACUGAGAUGCUACUGAGCGAUGAGGAUGGGUCAGAGAAGGAAAUCACACCGGUGAGGCAAUCAAGCCGAACGCCAGCCCCCAUAAACCACUGCAGCUACACCAACUGACGCAGCCAUGCCCCGCCUGCCCUCCUGAUUGUCCUCCCCGACCUCUGCACCUUCCCUCGGUCACAUCAGUCACAGCAGCCCCAGCAACUCCCCGUCAAGUCAGCAUGGCUACACCCUUUCUGUGGAAGCUGUCGUCCCAGAAGCUGGGCUUUUUCCUGGUCAGCUUUGGGUUCAUCUGGGGCAUGAUGCUGCUGCACUUUACCAUCCAGCAGCGAGCCAGCCAUGAGAACAGCGCCGUACUGAGGCAGCAGAUCCUGGACCUCAGCAAGCGUUACAUCAAAGCCCUGGCUGAGGAGAACCAAAGUGUCAUGGAUGGGCCAUAUGUGGGUACCAUGACAGCUUAUGAUUUGAAGAAGACCCUGGCAGUGCUGCUGGAUAACAUCAUGCUGAGGCUUGGCAAGCUAGAGUCCAAGGUGGAAAACAUCUACAACGGCACGGGGGGCAACCUGACCAACGGCACCAGCACUGCAACACCCAGCGGCACAAACUCAGAGAAAGUAAACGUGGCAGACCUCCUGAAUGGAGCCCAGGAGAAGUGCGAGCUGCCGCCUUUGGAGGGUUUCCCUCACUGCGAGGGCAAGAUCAAGUGGAUGAGAGAGAUGUGGCGCUCAGACUCCUGCUACGGCAACUAUGGCGUGGAUGGAUCCACCUGCUCCUUUUUCAUCUACCUCAGCGAGGUCGAGAACUGGUGCCCACGCCUGCCCUGGAGGACAAAGAACCUGAAUGACGAAAUAGACAGGAGGGGACAGGCGGAGGUCCGGACCAGUUUCGAGGAGCUUUACCGUGUGAUGUCACAGCGCGAGGAGUUCCGCUGGAUGAUGCUGAGGAUCAAACGCAUGGCUGAGCCGUGGGUCAGCGCCAUCCGCUCGCUGGCUGCCAAGCAGAACCUGGCCAGGCGUCGGAGGAAGAAGAUCCUUGUGCACUUGGGCCUGCUGACCAAGGAGUCAGGCUUCAAAAUAGCAGAAAAUGCCUUCAGUGGUGGCCCGUUGGGCGAGCUGGUCCAAUGGAGCGAUCUCAUAACCACGCUGUACCUGCUGGGACAUGAUGUUCGCAUCUCCGCCUCCCUGGCUGAGCUCAAAGAGAUCAUGCGCAAGGUCAUGGGGAACAAGUCCAGUUGCCCAACCCAGGGUGACAAAGUGGUUGAGCUCAUCUACAUUGACAUUGUGGGCCUCACCCAGUUUAAGAAGACGCUGGGACCCUCCUGGGUCCACUACCAGUGCAUGCUGCGGGUGCUGGAUUCGUUCGGGACGGAACCAGAGUUCAACCACGCCCACUACGCACAGUCCAAGGGUCACAAGACACCCUGGGGGAAGUGGAACCUCAACCCGCAGCAGUUCAACACCAUGUUCCCUCACACCCCAGACAACAGUUUCCUGGGCUUUGUGGUGGAGCAGCACCUCAACGCCAGCGACAUCAGGCACAUCGAUGACAUCAAGAGGCAGAACCAGUCAUUAGUCUACGGCAAGGUUGACAACUUCUGGAAGGACAAAAAGAAAUACCUUGACAUCAUCCACAGCUACAUGGAGGUUCACGGCACAGUGCACGGUACCAGCACUGUGCACCUGCCAAGCUACGUCAAGAACCACGGCAUCCUGAGCGGCCGAGACCUCCAGUUCCUCCUCCGAGAAACCAAGCUGUUUGUGGGUCUGUCCUUCCCCUACGAGGGUCCCGCCCCUCUGGAGGCCAUCGCCAACGGCUGCGCUUUCCUCAACCCCAAAUUCAACCCUCCGAAGAGCAGCAAGAACACCGACUUCUUCAAGGGCAAACCCACUCUGAGAGAGCUGACCUCUCAACAUCCGUAUGCUGAGGUGUACAUUGGUGAGCCCCAUGUGUGGACAGUGGAUAUCGAGAACUCUGCAGAGGUGGAGAGGGCCAUCCGCUCCAUCCUCAGCCAGAAGAUUGAGCCCUACCUGCCCUAUGAGUUCACCUGUGAGGGGAUGCUGCAGAGAGUCAACGCCUUCAUUGAGAACCAGGACUUCUGCCACGGUCAGGUGAUGUGGCCUCCUCUCAGCGCCCUGCAGGUCAAACUGGCUGAUCCAGGCCGCUCCUGUAAGCAGGUCUGUCAGGAGGAGCAGCUCAUCUGCGAGCCGUCCUUCUUCCAGCACCUCAACAAGGACAAAGACCUGGCCAGGUUUGGCGUGGACUGUCAGACAGUGGAGUCCAGCGCCGACACGGUGGUCCCGGCCUACAGCGAAACUCGCCGCCACUGCAUCUUCCAGUCUGACCUGCUGCUGUUCAGCUGCGCUGGCGCCCACCAGUCACUGCGACGCAUCUGCCCCUGCCGUGACUACAUGAAGGGCCAGGUGGCGCUGUGCAAAGACUGCCUAUAGCACCAACACACAGGCUGAUGGGAGGGGGGGGGGGGCUGACAGAGGCUCUGGGGGGUUAAAUGAAGUUGGAGCAGCUUAACGUGUGUGUGAGUGUGUUUGAGAGACAUGCAGCUGUCGAACACACACAACAGACUUUUUCAUUCAUGGGACAGCGUAUGUUCAUCAUAUUUAUUGUUUCCUCCAGCUGCUGGAAGUGAAGCAGCCAAUCGGAACAUCCGUCAACCCUCUGAUUCACCAGCGGUGGCACCGCGACUCCUGGAAGCCGUGUAAAAUUACUUGAAUCAACAAAGGGAGUCAUCUUAGACUUACACACUGUAGCAGAUGAGCUCUCUGCUGCGUCCUUGGUAGACUGCACAUAUCAGUGACUGCCUGUUUGUCUUCAGGUUCAUCAGGGCAGCGAGGGACCAAGGAGACUCAGCCGCCACUUCCUGACAGCCGCCCCGCCCCCUCCAUCCAUCUCCUCUUGGUUUAAAUCUUAAAUUGUUUAUUCUUUAGGUAGGUUUGCACUGGACUGGCAUGCCUGAAGGCCCACACACACACACACACACACACACACACACACACACACACACACGGCCAAAAUGGCGGCUAAAGAAGAACCCAGUUUUACACUGUAACCAACUCGUUCCUGUCCUCCAGACAGAGGUGAUGAGAGUGGACAUGUAGAUAUCUAGAUUUUUAUUCUGGAGGUUUUAGAAUUUCCUGACACACACCCCAGACUUAAAGCGAUCCUCAUCCCCCCAUUGAAAGACAGGAAAGUCCAAGUUUCAUACGUUCACUUUUAAAUUGCACACUUGUUUUAAACAACUGAUGAUUUAUUUAACAGAGAGUUGAAAGUGUGUGUUUCCACAAGAGGCCAGUAGAGGAGUGUUUUUGUUUGACUGUUUCAGCACACCAUCCGGUACUACGCACACACCGAGAGGUGAGGAUCAGGGAGGGUUGUUCUCUGUAGCUGAAGCUGCUGCGUACAGGGUCGCCGUGUCGUAGGAUUUCGUGACAUUGUGUCGUAGAUGAUAGAGCGUCGUCAGUAGCAGUGGUAACAACUAGAUGCACCGCAGCCCAGGCGGGGAAGCCUUAACGCGUUUUCCAAAGACGCCAAAGCCUGCAGAGAAACAUGCUUGUCCGUGUCUUUAUGUACACAGAAAUACAAAAAAGCAGCCACGCUCAUUUCCCAUCAACGAGAUAAAAGCUGGAAAUCUUUUAAAGCAACCUGUAAGUAACAAAGACAUGCCAACGACGCGUUCUUGUAACGCAAAACCUCGCAACUCCAUUUCCUUUCCAUAAUUGUUAGGAUAAUAAUUUGCCUGCAGAUUUGCAAAGAAAAAAAUUCAGAUAAAAUUCGUAGUUCUUGUGUUGAAUGGAACAAAUGCACUACGGUAAUCUAUUCGCAGAGGUUUAACAAGAUAUUAGUAACACUGUAUAUUGUUCAUAUGGAUUUUAAAGUUUCUUUUUUAUUUAUUUUGUAUACAGAUCUUUAUCUCUGUGUUUGCUGGAAGUCUUUGUUUUUUUAUUUAUAGGAGGGUGUCUUUUUUUUCCUUUUAUAGAUUUUUAUUUAUGGAGAGUAAUUUAAAAAAAACAAACAAAAAAAGCUUGCUUGUCUUCAAGUGUAUGACUGAGAGUGGGAGGCUUUGUCCGCUUCUGUUCAGCUCUCAGCAGUGAUGUGGAGACAAGUUAUAUUUAGGGCCCAGACUCUGAGCCCAGAUGAACUGCUUUGCAUUUUAAAAGAUGAUGUUUAUCAAUUAGUAGAAAGAAAUUUGAUAUUUUAUUCCUUAAAAAGCUGAAGAAUUGCAUGAGGAUUGGUUUUAAAGUAAAAUCAUUUGUCUUAAAUUAUUUUAGUCAGGUUGUAACUGCAGAAGUCUUUUCAUCAUCACUGUUAAAUAAUACUGCACCCACAAAAUCAUCAUUUGUAUAGGAGUGAUUUGUUUUCCUCACAUGCCUCCACAGUAAACAGAAUCCAAAAAAGGCGAACAGUCUUCAUGAAUUGAAGAGAGACUGCGUUUAACAGCAAAACUACAUCCAAUCAUCUGAUUACAGACUUUCACACAACACAUGUAAUAUCCCAUUGUGUGCUCAGGGCUUCCCCAACACAUGCAUGUUUAAUAACAUUAGACAUGCAACAUUACAAUAUAAAACACUGCCACCUAGCAGUAGUGUGCCCUGAGCACAUGUGGACCCAGGCUGGAUAAGGUAAGGUACAACUUUAAUGUCCCCAUGGGGCAAUUUGAUUUGAUGAGACUGUUUGCACUGACAUGUUUUAAAUUAUAAUGUUUUAGUGACAGCAUGUGUCAGGGAGGCACUGAGCGUACGACUGGAGUCCUGAUUUCUUAUAUUUUCUCUUUUUUAUCUGGCUCUAUGUGAAGAAGCAAUCACCCCCUAAAUCACGAAUUAACUGUGAUUAACCACAUUUUUUGGAAAGCUGAGUUCAAUUUCACAAGCCACACCCUGGCCUGAUUACUAGGUGUGUGUCCCGUUACAUCCGGCGUAAAACUAACACAGCAUUAUGUAAAAAGAACAUCAUACCAACAGUCAAACAUGGUGGCGGUUGUUUGAUGGUCUGGGGCUGCUUUGCUGCUUCAGGACCUGGACCACUCGCUGUAACUGAUGGUACCAUGAAUUCUGCUCUCUACCAGAAAAUCCUGAAAGAGAAUGACCUCAAGCUCAAGCCAGUUGGGUUAUGCAGCAGGAUAAUGAUCCGAAACAGACCAGCAGGUCCACCUCUGAAUGGCUUAACAAAAAAAAAAAAAGAAAGAAAAAAAGGAGGUUUUGGAGUGGCCUAGUCAAAGUCCAGACUUAAAUCUGAUGUAAAAGACUCAUCGGCAGUUAGCGCAAAGGAUUGAUUGCAGUUGUUGUCGCCAAGGGUGGCGCAACCAGUUAUUAGGUUUUGGGGGCAAAUACUUUUUCACACAGGGCCACGUAGGUUUGGAUAGCUUUUUCCCUUAAUAAAUUAAAUUAUCAUGAAGUGUGACAAAUAAGCAAAAAAUUAAGAAAUCAGGAAGGAGGUAAAUACGUUUUCACAGCACUGUAUGUGUUGAUACAGUCUUACUGUUGUUAAACGCAGUCGUUCAUGAAGCACAUUGACGUUUUCUGGAUUUUCCGUUCGUCAUGGAGGCAUGAGUUCAAGAUAACUCCCAGUGAGUAAGUGAUUUACACAUGAUCGCUCUGCAGGUGAAGUACUCAUAAAGAUGGACAGCAGUGGACAAAACGCCUCGUGUUAUUGUGGACGCCAGCAGGAGCCUCAUACACUUUGUGCUUUGAUUUCCAAUCUCAGUUUUUCUGUUUGCACACGUGUAAAUUCAGCCUGAAUGACACCUGUACUUUGUCGCUGUGUCUGCUCAGACUGUUUUUAUGUUUUUUGUUUUUUUUACUUUUGUAAACAGGUCAGUGAUCUGCUGCCAAGUUAGUGUUUUAAAGAACAUGAUGUGCCUUUUCAUGGUUAACUUUGGUUCUGCUUCUGUUUCGUUAUCAGUGAGCUGUUUGGGCCUGACAGUUGGCCAUGGCGUGUCAGGUCAGCGUCACUUGAACCUUAAAAAAAAAAAAAAAAAGAAAAGAAAAA